GGAAGAAGAGAUUGAGUCUGGUUUACGCUAAACCAAUCGUCCGUACUCUCUCCCUGCCAUUACUAUAAAGAAGCCACCCUUUCCCUCUCCAAAGGUACCCACAAACGCAAAACCCUUCUCCCUUUCACAAACUUUUUCUUCUCUUGCCUUUUGAUUUGAUUAUAUUUCUUUUCUUUUUUUUCCCUCUCUUGUUGUUCUUUUUCUUGUUAAUUUGUUGCCUUUGUGGAACUCUUAUAUUCUUCUCUUUAAGAAUAGCUUCUCUGAUGGAGCUAUAAGAGCCUUGAAUGAGUUGUUUAUAGCAAGACUUGAAGGGUAAAUUUUUGUGGGUUUUAGAAGGAAGAGAUGGAGAAGCUCAAUUUUGUCAAAAAUGGUGUGCUUAGAUUGCCUCCUGGGUUUAGGUUCCAUCCCACAGACGAGGAACUUGUGGUUCAGUAUUUGAAGAGAAAGGCCUUAUGUUUUCCUCUGCCUGCUUCAAUCAUUCCUGAAGUUGAUGUUUGCAGGUCUGAUCCUUGGGACUUGCCAGGUGAUUGUGAGCAAGAGAGGUACUUUUUCAGCACUAGAGAGGCCAAGUACCCAAAUGGGAACAGAUCAAACAGAGCUACAGGUUCUGGUUAUUGGAAAGCAACAGGGAUUGACAAGAAGAUUGCGACUUCAAAAGGAAAUCAGGUUGUGGGGAUGAAGAAAACUCUUGUUUUUUAUAGAGGAAAACCCCCACAUGGUUCCAGGACUGACUGGAUUAUGCAUGAGUAUCGCCUUGUCAAUUCUGAUGACACCCAGCAAAAGAUGAACUCAACCCAGAUGGAGAACUGGGUUAUCUGUAGGAUUUUCUUGAAGAAAAGAGGUACCAAAAAGGAGGAUGAACACAACAUUGUUGGUAAUGGAGUUGAGAAACAAAUACAAUCAAAGAAAAACAAGCCUGUUUUCUUUGAUUUCAUGGCUAAGGGAGGGACUGAUUUGAAUCUUGCUCCUUGUUCAUCAUCUUCUGGCUCCAGUGGAAUCACAGAGGUCUCUUUUGAUAACAAUGCAUCAGAUGAACAUGAAGAAAGCAGCAGUUGCCACAGUUUUCCUUAUUUUAGAAGAAAACAGUAGCUUUGAAAUUAAUAAAUUUCCUCUCUUUAAUUCUAGUGCUAUUUUCUAGUCCUUGUACCAGCAAAAAAAUAACCCAUCCAAGCAAUCUAAUGUUUGGCCCCUUUUCUUGUCAUCAUCUCUAUUAGAGCUUAAUGAGAAAAUCAUUCUUUAUAUCCUCUAA